AGCUAACGAGCAACCGGCCGGUCUCGGUACUUUCUCAGAUUGUUCGUUAGUAUCGUUUCGUAUUACGCGAGGACUUAACCUCGUCUUCGCGCGUUUACUUUUGCCAUCGUGUCACGCCCGUGAAUGUCGCCCGCCGUUACCUUCCCCGACGUCGUCGUCGCCGUCGUCGCCGUCGUCGUGGUCGCCAGCCGACCGGUAUAAAAAAAGAACGCAGGCGCGCUCUUUCGUUCCUCGGCGCUUUUCGGCCCGAGUAUUCGCGCGAGAGUGUAGAGGAGCCAGUAGUUCUCGCACGCGCGUGCGAACAGUCGGCGUUAACGCGUUAAUCAUCGUCGAUCUAUUAGACGAUUUUUUUUUUUCCCUCUUUGCGUUCAAGUCUCUUUCGCGGUCCCCGUGCUUUCGAGAUGAGCGGCGGCAGAAUCAGCGAAAACGGGGGACGAAAUGGUCACGUGCUAGUAUGGGAGCAACCCGGCCUCGACGAGGAGGAGCGACCCGCGCGAAGAAGAAGAGCUCUGAUGGGGAAACGUCACAUGGUGACAUUAAUGAUAUUCCUUGGUAUGGCAAAUGCCUACAUAAUGAGGACCAACAUGUCCGUGGCUAUCGUCGCGAUGGUCAAUCAUACGUCUAUCCAGGACAGCGAGAAAGUGGAAAAAGUCGUAAACGAGUGCGGAGAUCUCAUUACCAAUGAAACGGAAGCUGCCCAACGUAAUGCCGAUGGACCCUUCUCGUGGAACAAUAAGCAGCAAGGCUAUCUCUUGAGCUCGUUCUUUUGGGGCUACGUUAUCACGCAGAUACCGUUCGGUGUACUCGCCAAGCGUUAUGGCGCCAAAUACUUCCUCGGAAUCGGCAUGCUGAUCAAUUCGAUUUUCGGGUUGUUGGUCCCCGCAUCCGCGUAUUGGGGAUAUUGGUGGUUAAUGACCAUUCGUUUUAUCCAGGGUUUAGGAGAGGGUCCUAUCGUGCCUUGCACGCACGCAUUGCUGGCGAAGUGGAUACCGCCUAACGAACGGAGCAGGAUGGGUGCCUUCGUCUAUGCUGGUGCACAGUUUGGCACGGUAAUUUCUAUGCCGUUGAGCGGUUUAUUAGCCGACUGGCAAUUAGUAGGCGGUUGGCCAUCUAUUUUCUAUGUAUUCGGUGCUAUCGGUACCAUUUGGUGCAUUGCGUUCCUCAUAUGGGUCUACGAGGAUCCUGAGCAACAUCCGUCCAUCUCGGAAGAGGAAAAAAAAUAUAUACUCAGUUCUCUUUGGGGUAGCGCCGGCAUAUCUUCAUCACCCCCCGUACCAUGGAAGUCUAUUGUAACUUCGUUACCAUUCUGGGCUAUCUUGAUGGCGCACAUGGGUCAGAAUUACGGAUAUGAAACGCUGAUGACCCAACUUCCAACAUUCAUGAAACAAAUCCUUCAUUUUAGCAUUAAAAACAAUGGUACCUUUUCUGCACUUCCAUAUCUUGCCAUGUGGCUCUUUUCUAUAUUUAUUUCUCAUAUCGCCGAUUGGAUGAUCUCUUCAGGAAAAUAUUCUCAUACAGUGACCCGUAAGCUUAUCAAUAGUAUCGGCCAGUACGCACCGGCCGUGGCGUUGAUUGCUGCCUCAUAUACCGGUUGCAAUCCCUCGGCGACCAUAGCCAUCAUCACAGUGGGAGUCGGUCUGAAUGGCGCUAUUUAUUCCGGUUUCAAAGUAAAUCAUCUUGAUAUCUCACCGAGAUUUGCCGGACUUUUAAUGUCCUUUACUAACUGUAUUGCCAAUCUCGCUGGGCUUCUUGCGCCAAUCACUGUUGGACUGAUUAUUGAUGAUUCGCCAACGCAAGCAAAAUGGAGGAUUGUAUUUAUAAUCUGUGCUGUUAUUUACAUAAUAUGUGCAACAUUCUAUGUAUUUUGCUCUUCUGGACAGAGGCAAAUAUGGGACAAUCCGGAUAGAGACGAUGACAGGAGUGAAAAAAAGCAAUUGGAUGGGGUGCAAGUUAUCAGCGAAACUCAACAUUGACAAGUAAAUAUUUUACCGAUAAGAUAGUGGCGAUACGAAAGAAAAUCGACACUGUCGACGUGACAAUUGUGUCCAUCUGGCCGUUUCUGCCUGCGUACAUUCAUUCCCUCCCUAAUAUUUAACAAUUCAAAACGAAUGUAUAUUAAGAUAAAACAUUUAAUUUAAUCUCAAAAUUUUUCUUUCUUUCUUUUUUACCAUGAAGAGAUAUAAAAUUUUUCACGAUAGGGAUUAUCGCAAUCAUAUUGUAAGUUUUCAUACUUUUGUAAUCGAUUGCAAAAGUUAUAAACCAAUUGUUGUAGUCUUAGUAGUCUUAUAGUAUGUAUGUUUCAAAUGUAAAGGACGAUUUGUAUGUGUGUGAGAAUGAGAGAGAAAUAUAUAUAUAUACUCAUAGCUGAGCUGCUAUUAUAAGCUUAGUCAUUAUCAUUUGUUAUAUUUUAUAAUUUAUCAUUUUUUACAUAAUUUCGGGUAUUAUGUAUAGAAUUAGAAAAAGAAUACUAAAAAUUGGCAUACUAGAGAAAUGAUAGAAGAGAUAAUUUUUUAAAAAAAAAGAAAGUGAAAACUAUUGCUUGUAGAUAAACAAACUUUCAUAAAUUUGCCCGAAGAGGAAUAUAUCAUGACAAAAGAAUCAACGCAGGUAUAAACGAUUGCAAAAAUGGCGUUCACGAAAUUAUUUCUUUAAGUCAAUUUAUGCAAUUAUAUACAUGGAUAUUUAAGUCAAAUUUGUUAUUUUGGAUAUGUAAAUGAAAGCGAAACAAACAUUAAGCUCUUUAAAGCGUGACGUCAAAUUUGUUUGAAGUAUGCUUGGUGAUGUUUGUGUAACACUACAAUAGAAUUUAUACAUUACAUAUUUUAAAACACAAAUUUUGAUUUGCACAGUGAGCAUUCUAUUAAUUUAUCAGACAUUUUUUUGUCAGUUUCAUAUUUUGAACAAAACUUAUCAAUCUUAGUCUUCCAUUCUGUAAUACAGAACGCACAUUUUAUUAUUAUAAGAUACGAUAUAUACGCGUUGAGAUUUGUGUACGAGAUAAAUUUAAAUAGAUUUGCCACAAAUAAUAUAGAGGAAGAAUCUAUUGUAGUGUAUCUAUGGUUACGUUUAUCUUCAAGUUAGAUAAUUUGUAAUCUGACAAACUUGUGGCAGCAGUAUUAGAGCAAAGACCCCCUCAUUGUUCAUCUCUUUUUGUUAUAUCACUUUUUAUCACAACUACAGCCAUUUUGUAUUGUGCGUAUGGCCUGUGAAUGAAAAAGGUAUGAAAGGAAGAUUCCCAUCCUCGUUUGGGAGACUUUACCUCGAAUCCAAUUGCGCCGCGAUUAGCACAGUGUGUGUAUAAUACAAUAAUGGUGUUUAUACAUGUUGUAGAUAUUUGCGCAUCGUGCGCAUAAAAAGUCUUAUUAGAUAUAUAUACAUAUAAGAUAUGAAUAUAUAUUAGUUAUUAUUAUAUAGCAUAAAUAUUUAUAUAUAGCGUUUAUGAAGGACGGAAAAAUGAUCAUUAUCUCUCGAUUGUACCAAGAAAUAGAUGUCGUCAAACAAAAAGAUUCUGCUUGUACAGUAGAAUGCAUUUUUUUUAAUGAUAAGUAUCUCUUCCUUAAAAGCUGCACAAACUAAACAACUUUGACGAUGAUAGUAAAUUUCUUCUUUUUUUUGUACAAUUUUGAAUAUAUCAAAGCUAUAUUUGUUGUAAAAUCAACGUUAUUGUUGAUGACUCGUUGAAAUACGUAAUUGCGCAAAACGAAUUCGAUUCCUUUAAGUAUAUCUCGAACAAACAAUUUGUUCUAUAUUCAGUUUUUAAGUUUUGAGAAAGAAAGAAUAAAAAGAAUGGUCUGUCUUAUACAUUAUACUCGAGAUCUUUUUGAGAAAGUCUUUUUGUGAGAAUCUAAUAUGAUUGAAAAUUGUCUAAAAAUUAAAAGAAUUAUUAAAUAUUUAUAUCAAGAA